UUGGAACACAGCCCCGGUUACACGCGAUAUCUCACGUGCUCGCUAUAGAAACUGUUUUACAGAGCUAAAAAAGUGUAGAAUAUUUAAAACAAAGACAUUAUUAAAAACAAACGCAUAGAUAUGAUAAUUAAGACGUUUUAAAGCUUUUCAAUCAGCCAGUUAACCGGUUAUCUGUAAUUAUCCUGACUAGCUAGCUAACGUGCAGCUAGUAAAUGAGCUGUUUUGUGUGUAAACAAGAGAAAUGAAGAGAGGAAGGAGGAACAGACGCCAUCAUCAUUAUCAUCAGGGCUCUGACUGGAACAUGAGGAAUCAUCACACAGACACACCUGAAUCAUCUGAUAGAAGUUCAGAAUCAGAUUCAGCUUCAUCAUCCACAUCAAGUGCUGCUGCUCCAGAUUUGCCCGGUUUUUACUUUGACCCCGAGAAGAACCGUUACUUCCGCCUAUUGCCCGGCCACAACAACUGCAAUCCAUUAACGAAGGAAAUGCUGGAGAAGAAGGAGCGAGAGAGGCAGAGGAUGAAGCUGUUGGCCGAAGAUGAGCAGGCGAGGAAGAAAGCACCACGUAGCGGACAGAACUCCACACUGCUGCUGCAAAGGAGACGCCUGGGAGAGCUGCCCCCGAGCUCCUACUGCAGGUUGAUCCAUGAGGUGAAAGUCAGUGAGAUGAAGCGCCACAAGCUGGAGGUCCAGAGCACCGACUCCAGCAGCCCAAACACAGACAACUUUCGCCUCAUCGUGGCGGACACAGCGUGCGAGCGCGUCUUCACCGUGAACGACGUGUCGCACGGCGGCUGCAAGUACGGCAUCAUGAACUUCAGUGGCUGCAGGAACGGCUCUCUGUCCGUGGAGAUGUGCGACAACCUGUACUUCACCAACCGCAAGGUGAACUCUGUGUGCUGGGCGUCCGUGACUCAUUCAGACUCCCACGUCCUAUUGUGCCUGGUGGGUAUUUCUCAGACCCCGGGCUGUGUCAGUUUACUGCCUGCGUCUCUCUUCAGUAACUCCAACCCUGACCAACCUGGGAUGCUUUGCAGCUUUAAGAUCUCUACAGCCUGGUCGUGUGCAUGGUGCUUGAACCCACAGGCUGAUAAAACCUUCAGUACUGGUCUUUCCCGGAGUGUCAUCGUAACCAACGCGGUGACGGGUCGACGGCAGACGUACAGCACAGGAAGUGAUGUUUUGGCCCAGCAGUUUGCUCUCAGAGCCCCGGUCCUGUUUAACGGCUGCCGUUCAGGCGAGAUCUUCAGCAUUGACCUGAGGCAACGAGGCCGUGGGCGUGACCACAGCUGGAAGUCUUCCCGCUUCCACCAGGACUCGGCCGUCACGUCUGUAAGACUGCUCCAGGACGAAAACUACCUCCUGGCUGCAGACAUGCUGGGAAAGAUCAAGCUGUGGGACGUCCGCACGAGAAGAGCGGUGAAGCAGUACAACGGGCACCACAACGAGUACGCCUACCUGCCUCUUCACCUGUGUGAGCAAGAGGGGCUGCUGCUCGCAGUGGGUCAGGAUUGCUACACCCGUCUGUGGAGUCUUCAAGACGGUCAUCUCCUCAGGACCAUCCCCUCACCUCACCCUGCAGGAAAGGACUCCAUCCCCAAUGUGGUCUUCUCCUCACAGCUAGGAGGACGCACAGGACUGCCCGGCCUCCUGAUGGCCGUCUGUCACGACCUCUAUUACUACCCUUAUGGUGACUAUCAGAGCAGGACGGCAUCCGAGACACAAAGAUAAACCUCUCCUCACUCACACACACUAUGAAAAAUGUGAGGUUUAUGAGAUACCUCCUUGCAAUUAACAAUGCAAAAAUAAAACAAUAAACAAAACGUA